GGGUCUGGUGUGAGCAUGAGUGUAGAAGAUGGGGGUGUGGCAGGCCUGGGCCGUCCUAGGCAGGCCCGCUGGACCCUGAUGCUACUCCUGUCCACUGCCAUGUAUGGUGCCCAUGCCCCAUUGUUGGCACUGUGCCACGUGAAUGGCCGAGUGCCCUUCCGACCCUCCUCAGCCGUGCUGCUGACUGAGCUGACCAAGCUGCUGUUGUGCGCCUUCUCCCUCCUGGUGGGCUGGCAGGUGUGGCCCCAGGGGGCUCCACCCUGGCGCCAGGCUGCCCCCUUUGCACUGUCCGCCUUGCUCUAUGGCGCUAACAAUAACCUGGUGAUCUAUCUUCAACGUUACAUGGACCCCAGCACCUACCAGGUGCUGAGCAAUCUCAAGAUUGGAAGCACGGCCCUGUUCUACUGCCUCUGCCUCCGGCACCGCCUCUCCGCACGCCAGGGCCUAGCACUGCUGCUGCUGAUGGCAGCGGGGGCCUGCUACGCAGCCGGUGGCCUCCAGGACCCUGGGAACACCCUUCCUGGGUCCCUUCCAGCAGCUGCGGCUGGCCCCGUGCCCCUGCACAUCACUCCACGGGGACUGCUGCUCCUCGUCCUGUACUGCCUCAUCUCAGGCUUGUCGUCUGUGUACACAGAGCUGUUGUUGAAGCGACAGCGGCUGCCCCUGGCCCUUCAGAACCUCUUCCUCUACACGUUCGGUGUGCUCCUGAACCUAGGUCUGCAUGCAGGGGGCGGCCCUGGCCCGGGCCUCCUGGAGGGCUUCUCGGGAUGGGCGGCGCUCGUGGUGCUGAGCCAGGCGCUGAAUGGACUGCUCAUGUCGGCUGUCAUGAAGCACGGCAGCAGCAUCACACGCCUCUUUGUGGUGUCCUGCUCACUGGUGGUCAACGCUGUGCUCUCGGCCGCCCUGCUGCGGCUGCAGCUCACAGCCGCCUUCUUCCUGGCCACACUGCUUAUUGGCCUGGCGGUGCGCCUGUACUAUGGCGGCCACUAGCUCUUGACCACCUCCACCCUGACUCCCGACCCUGGAGAUGGGGCGUUGCCAUAGAGCUGCCUCCUGGCCCCCCUUCCCCUCAGCAGCCCUGUAACAAGUGCCUUGUGAGAAAAGCUGGGGAGGCGAGAGUGGCCAGGUGGGUGGAUGAAGGUACGCCCCUGAGAGACCUGUAGAGUGGCUUUGAUUAAGAAAACUGGAAACCUUCAAACACCCCCUCCCACCCCAGUUCUUCCUAAGGAAUUAAGGGAGCAUCAAUACCUAGGCCUGAGAAAUGACCAUUCCUGAUGGGGAAGGUUCCCUGCCUCGUCCUGCAUGAGUGCAGUUGCUUAAAGUGGGCCGUGGAUGACAGUUGGUUUUCCUUGCCUUCUGUGGCCACCCCAGCAGACCCACAGCCCCAAGACCUGGUGCUGGCUGCCCAGCCCGGCUGUGGUACGUGAUCCCCCAUAAAGGACACUCGCCCCCAACUGGCUUGCGGGAAAGCGCAAUUGCCACAGGUUCCACGCCCAUAGGCUCGGCCAUUCCUCCGAGCUCCUCUGGCUCCAGCAGCAUCUGGAGACGGUGCCCCCUGCUUCCUCCACAGUGCUGCUCUCCACACCCAGCCUUUGUUCUAGAAACCCCAGAGGGGCUGGGGCUUAACUCAUCUCAGGAAAUGUCCCUGGGCCCUGGCUUAAGCCUAUACUCCUGACCUCUCUACUCAUCCAAAGACCCUCUUGAAGCCCAUUGCCCUGCCCCCUGUAUAGCUCCUAGGAGUUACCAUUCUUCCCACUCUAGGUCCUGCUCCUGCCUAGUAAUGUCCCAGCUCCCAACAGCCAUGGAAGUUCUAUGCAGGGUGACCUGGGACCAGGCACAAGGAAACUUGUAUAGCUCAAUCAGUGUCUAACUGCAUCAGUAAUAGGUCUUAAUAAAGCUUUCUGGAGUGCAGGCAAUUCCUACAAUCAGCCAUGACCUGUGUCCUGCGUCUUCUGUGUUGCAUAGCUCCUCUCAAACAAUUGUAUUCCUGACACCCUUAGUACUUUAACUAAGUACUAAGGGGAAAGGCUGUUCUCUUGAAGUUUUCUUGAAGCACAAAACUUGGGUGUUGGGGAAUUUGGAGGCCGCUUGGGAGUAGAAGGCACUAGGCC